AUGCGCAGGGCGGGAACGAGCGAAAUUCAGUCCCUGGACAAGAUACAUGGAGCCUAAGCGGAGGGUCAUGGAGGCGUCCCGAGGUUUUGCGGAAGACGAGGCCUUAAGCCCAGAGCAGGCUGCCCGUUACCUGAGAUACGUGAAAGAGGCCAAAGAAGCAACUAAGAGUGGAGAUCUGGAAGCAGCAUUAAAACUUUUCAGUUUGGCAAAGGAAAUUUUUCCCAAUGAAAAGGUUAUGAGCAGAAUCCAAAAAAUACAGGAAGCCUUGGAGGAGGUGGCAAAACACGGCGAUGAUGAAUUCACAGAUGUGUGCAACUCUGGCCUGUUGCUUUAUCGAGAACUGCACAACCAACUAUUUGAGCACCAGAAGGAAGGUGUAGCGUUCCUCUAUAGCCUAUACAGGGAUGGCAGAAAAGGUGGUAUUCUAGCAGAUGAUAUGGGGUUAGGGAAGACUGUUCAAAUCAUUGCUUUCCUUUCUGGUAUGUUUGAUUCUUCCCUUGUGAAUCAUGUGCUGCUGAUCAUGCCAACUAAUCUUAUUAGCACAUGGGCAAAAGAAUUUGUCAAGUGGACUCCAGGAAUGAGAGUCAAAACCUUUCAUGGUCCUAGCAAGGAUGAACGUACCAGAAACCUCACUCGGAUUCAGCAAAGGAAUGGUGUCAUUAUCACUACAUACCAAAUGUUAAUCAAUAAUUGGCAGCAGCUUUCAAGCUUGAAUGGCCAAGAGUUUGUGUGGGACUAUGUCAUCCUUGAUGAAGCACAUAAAAUCAAAACCUCAUCUACUAAGUCAGCAAUAUGUGCUCGUGCUAUUCCUGCCAGUAAUCGCAUCCUCCUCACAGGAACCCCAAUCCAGAAUAACUUACAAGAACUGUGGUCCCUGUUUGACUUUGCUUGUCAGGGUUCUCUGCUAGGAACAUCACGAACUUUUAAAAUGGAGUAUGAAACUCCUAUUACUAGAGCAAGAGAGAAAGAUGCUACCUCAGGGGAAAAAGCCUUGGGAUUUAAAAUAUCUGAAAACUUAAUGGCCAUCAUAAAACCCUAUUUUCUCAGGAGGUCAAAAGAAGAGGUACAGAGGAAAAAGUCAAGCAGCCCAGAGGUGAGACUCAGUGAAGGGAAUGUAGAUAUUGAUGCCAUUUGUGAAAUGCCUUCCCUUUCCAGGAAAAAUGACUUAAUUAUUUGGAUACGUCUUGUACCUUUACAAGAAGAAAUAUACAGGAAAUUUGUGUCUCUAGAUCAUAUCAAGGAGUUGUUAAUGGAGACACGCUCACCUUUGGCUGAGCUAGGUGUCUUAAAGAAGCUAUGUGAUCAUCCUAGACUACUUUCUGCACGGGCUUGUCAUUUGUUGAAUCUAGGAGCUGUCAAAUUCUCUGUUCAGGGUGAAAAUGAAGGGGAAGAUUCCUCAGAUGUGGACCAUAUUGAUCAAAUAACUGAUGAUACACUGAUGGAAGAAUCUGGAAAAAUGGUAUUUCUAAUGGACCUGCUAAAGAGACUGCGAGAGGAGGGGCAUCAAACUCUGGUGUUUUCCCAAUCAAGACAAAUCCUAAACAUCAUUGAAUGCCUCUUAAGGAAUAGGCACUUUAAGAUACUAAGAAUGGAUGGAACAAUUACUCAUCUUGUGGAACGAGAAAAAAGAAUUAACUUAUUCCAGCAUAAUAAAGAUUACUCUGUUUUUCUGCUUACCACUCAAGUAGGUGGAGUUGGUUUAACAUUAACUGCAGCAACUAGAGUGGUCAUUUUUGACCCUAGCUGGAACCCUGCAACUGAUGCUCAAGCUGUGGAUAGAGUUUACCGAAUUGGACAGAAAGAAAAUGUUGUGGUUUAUAGGCUAAUCACUUGUGGGACUGUCGAGGAAAAAAUAUACAGAAGACAGGUUUUUAAGGACUCGUUAAUAAGACAAACUACUGGUGAUAAGAAGAACCCUUUCCGCUAUUUUAGUAAACAGGAAUUAAGAGAGCUCUUUACAGUUGAGGAUUUUCAGAACUCUGCAACCCAACUGCAGCUUCAGUAUCUGCACGCUGCACAGAGGAGGUCUGAUAAGAAAUUAGAUGAACAUAUUGCCUACCUGUACUCUUUGGGGAUAGCUGGAAUCUCAGACCAUGAUUUGAUGUACACACAUGAUCUGUCUGUUAAAGAAGAGCUUGAUGUGACAGAAGAAUCUCACUAUAUUCAACAAAGGGUUCAGAAGGCUCAAUUCCUUGUUGAACGGGAGUCUCAAAAGACAGAGCUCUUAAUGGAAAGACAAAGAACUGGAAAUGAGAGGAUCUGGCCAAAAAAAACUCUACUUCCUUCUCAAACAAAAAAGAAAUGCCCUGAAUUGAAUAAACCACAGCCACGGCUUUCACCUCUUCUAACUCAUCAUACUCCAGAAGAAGAAAUCAGUUCCCAAAUGGCAAGUGUAAUCAUUGAUGAUCUGCCCGAAGAGCUUGAGACUGUCCUGCAAGAUGGUAGCCAUCCAUGUGAAAGCAUGUUUGGAGCUGACUUUGUAGCUACUUUACCCAAGGGGUGUAAACAUGUAGAAGAUAUUUGGGCCAACUCCUUAGUAGGAAUGGCUCUACAGAAAGAGGCACAGCGAGAGGGGCCUGCACAGGAGGCACUGGAAGAGAAGCCUCUGGGAGAUCUCAGUCAACUGAAGGAUGAUGAUACUUUACAUCACUGCAGUCCCCUGGCCAUUAAUCCCAUAAUCAAUGAAAAUCAAAAUACAGACUCAAAUGUAUCUGUUACUGAAACAGUGGACAGUGAUCUGGCAGCAUCCCACAGUGCACUGCAGGGUGCUCCAGCAAAUGGGGUCACGUUGAACGAGGAAGUUUUAGCAUCUCCAUCACAGUAUGUGUGUGAUUUCAAUCUUUUCUUGGAAGACUCUGCAGACAAUGGACAGAAUCCUUCCAGGCAGUCUUUGGAGCAUGCUGAGCAUGAAAAUAACUUGUGUGGCUCUGCAGCUAAUUCUGGAGCACAGUUUGUGCAGAGCAAAGGAGGUCUCAGUCUGAAUCUUUCUGAGAAAGAGGAUGAGAUGGAAGAAGUAGUAGUUAAAAUUAGAAGUAAGGCUAGAAGGAUCGUUUCAGAUGGUGAAGAUGAAGGAGACGUUUUUAAAGAUACUUCAGGCACAAAUCCAUUCAACACAUCUCCCUUUCAAUUCCCAUCUGUAAAGCAGUUUGAUGCUUCAACUCCCAAAAGUGACAGUUCACCAGGAACGUUCUUUUCACCCAAAAUACCUGAUAGUAUAAAUAAGUUUGUAAACUCGAGAAGAUCCUUGGCUUCUAGGAGAUCUCUUAUUAAUGUGGUUUUAGACCAUGUGGAGGAUAUGGAGGAAAGACUUGACAAGAGCAACGAAGCAGAGGUUUCCAAAGGUCAUCUGGAAGAAGGAGCAGAGGAAAGCAGUGGUGAAGCCUCAGAGUGUACAGAAGAGUAUGCUUCUAGAGAAACACUGUCUUCAGAAAGUAAGUCCAGCUUGUUAACUACACCUAAGUCUGAUGCUCUCAGUCAAGAGACCUUUCUUGGUGACCUAGAUCCUUUGUCUGGUAGACAGUUGGUUGAUUCUACCCUGGAUAAGGCAGUGGAGGCUGCACACGACUAUGAGACUCUUGUUAUGCAUGGAAAAGAACUGAAAGAGUGUGGAAAAAUACAGGAGGCCCUAAACUGCUUUGUUAGAGCACUUGACAUAAAAAGCGCAGAUCCUGAAGUCAUGCUCAUGACAUUAAGUUUGUAUAAGCAACUUAAUAAAACUUGAGAAUAUAACUUGUUUAUUAUAUUUAAAGUUACCAGAGUAUGAGGUAAUUUGUUCCCAUAAUUAGACUCUUUGGAAGCAUGAAGCAUUCAGGCAGGCUAAAGGCUAGAGAGAUCUCAAAAAGCAAGGUUUGUUUCUGACUUUUUGGUAAAGUAUCCCUUUAUCCCCUUCUUUCCUUAUAUUUAGGUAUUCUGAGCAUUACAUUAGUAUUCCUUUACUUGAAUAUUCUUGUAUUUUUCUUUUAGGCAUACAUACUCAAUAAACUGUUAUUUUGAGAAAAUUUUUUGUAAAAUUAUUCUGGCCAUUCUUAAUUUUAUUCUGAAAGUGGUAACUUUGGUAUCUCAGAGUUCAGAUAAUAAUAUUAAAGUUACUUUUCUCAAGUGUUUUCCAUUCACUUUCACUGAGAGGAUACUGGCAGAUGCCUAUAGAAACUCCUUAGUUUAGGCCGGAGCUUGUCAUUAGUCUUUCAAAUCUAAGACUUGCUUAUUAACAUGCUAAUUUAUGCUCUCAUCUUACUAUAGCAGAAGGCUGUGACAAGGUGCCUGGUUAGGCUUCUUCAUCACCGGCACUCUACCCUGGGGUCACCUUGCUGACCAUUCAGCUGUUCUUCACUCCCCACCACUGCAUUCUGACACAUGCCAGCACACUGUAUCUUGUGGGUUGUAGACUGAAAGGGAGUUUGGUUCUCUCAGAAACAAAGCGCAGUAUAUCACUCCACUCUGUCACUAGAGAAAAGGAACUGCCAUUUAUGGAGUACCUACCAUGUAUCGGGUACCCUACAUAGGUUUCUUGUUUAAUCCUUAACCAUAAUCCUGUGAGGUAGAGGAUUUCUAUUUUUUAGUUUGAAGUAAGGCUUAGUGAGAUGAUCUGCCACCAUCACAUAGUAAGAGGUGAAAUGCAUUUUUAACCAUGCAUUACCUCAUGAAAAGCCACUGUAAUAUAGAGUUGUUUUUACAAUACUGUUAGGGUCCAGAGUCAACCACCUCUCAAAUAGACAGAAGACAGUCAUGAUAAUGCAAGUCACACAGCGAGGUUUAUUUCCAGCUAGCUGGGGUCCAAGUGUCUGCCUGACGCAGCGGGUUUCAGCAAGGACCCAGAGCACUCAAAGCCAAGGGUUUAUAUAGCAUUUUCAAAGCACUUAACUCACAGUAAUUUUCUACAGUUACAUAUUAUUUUUGCAAGUCACAUCCUGGGGGUUAAGCAAGAGCAAGAUAAGACCACUUCUCAAUUAGACAGAGUGGUUUUGCAAGAUAAGCUGACCAGGGUCACAGCCGCCCACAACCCGGUGUCCAUGAUUAAUUUGUUCUUCAAAACCUGUUUAUCAAGCCUUACCCAGUUCCUCCUCCCCUGAGUCAUGUACCCAGAAAAUGGCUUUUCAGCCCUUACAAAUACUUCUGACAUCAAAUGUGGGAGGUGGUUUUCCACACCAAGCAGUUCUCCAAUUUUCUGCAGACAUCAACUGAGUGUCUUACAAUUCAACUCAAUUC